CCCCCAGCCUGCGCUCCCCCUCCCGCGGCGCGGCCUCCCAGCCAGCCCCGGAGUCGCCGGGUCGGCGGCGCUGAAUCCGCCAGCCGGCAGGAGCGGGCGGCGCGUCCCUCCCGGCCGGCCCCUGCGGUUCCCGUUGCGCCCGAUCCUGAAGCCCAGCCUCCCGCGGGGCUCGCUCAGGCGUCGCGCGCAAGCAGGCAGCCUCCCUCGCACAGGAGGACGGCGUGAAGUGACGUCCGAGGCGGGUUGCUGGCCUUCUGCCCGCGCCCGCCCUCGCGUGCAGCCCGAACGCCGCUCCUCCCCUAAGAAUCCAAACGCCAGAAUGGAGGCGAUACAGAGAACCUUUGGGAAAGGUGGAUUUGUUGUGACAACGCAACUGAAAGGUGCUUCACGCUCCCCUGGAGUGGUACACCGCACAAUUUGCUGCUUUAAGGUCUGGCCGUGGGCUUGGGGUUUGGGGCCUUGGCUGAAGUGGUGAGGAAUUCUCUGAACGGGGACCCAAACGCCAAGGACCGUGGCUUCCUGGAGUCCAACCCCUUCCUUUCGGAAGCCAACGUAGAGCGGAUUGUCGAUACUCUCUGCAAGAUGCGCGGGGCAGCUCUCAAGAUUGGCCAGAUGCUAAGCAUCCAAGACAGCUACUUCCUCAGCCCCCAGCUGCAGCAGGUCUUUGAGCGAGUCCGGCAGAGUGCAGAUUUCAUGCCGCCCUCUCAGAUGAUGGGGGUUCUUUCGGAGGAACUGGGCACUGACUGGCGUGAGCGCGUGGCCUCCUUUGAUGAAAUGCCUUUUGCUGCUGCCUCUGUUGGGCAGGUGCAUCUUGGGGUGCUGAAGGACGGGAUGGAGGUGGCAAUGAAGAUCCAGUAUCCUGGCAUCGCCCAUAGCAUCCGGAGCGACGUGGACAACCUUCUGUCAGUACUCAAGAUGAGCACGAUGCUUCCGGCAGGCCUGUUCGCGGACAACACUCUGCAGGUCCUGCAAAAGGAGCUAGAGCGGGAGUGUGACUACGAGCGGGAGGCCAGCAGCGCCAAGAGGUUCAGGCAGCUUCUGGAAGGCGACCCUUUCUUUGAGGUGCCGGAGGUGGUUGACGAGCUGUCCACCAAGCGGGUGCUGUCUAUGGAGCUGGUGGGGGGCGUCCCGCUGGACCAGUGCCAAGAAUUGGACCAAACGACUCGCAAUGAGAUCUGUUCGCACAUCCUCCGACUUUGCUUCCGUGAGCUCUUUGAAUUCCAGUUCAUGCAGACGGACCCAAACUGGUCUAACUUUUUCUAUGACGCUGAGAGACACAAGGUUACUCUGCUGGACUUUGGAGCUAGCCGAGAUUUUAGCAAGGAGUUCACCAACCACUACAUUGAGGUGGUGAGAGCAGCUGCCGAUGGCAACAGAGAGAAAGUGCUUCAGAAAUCGAAGGACCUCAGAUUCCUGACUGGAUUUGAAAGCAAGGUCUUUGAGGAGGCCCACAUUGACGCAGUGAUGAUCCUGGGCAAGGUCUUCUCGGCCCCAGGGCCUUUUGACUUCAGCGCCCAGGACACAUCCCGCUGCAUCCAGGACUUGAUCCCCGUGAUGCUGAAGCACCGCCUGUGCCCCCCGCCGGAGGAGAGCUACUCCUUGCACCGCAAGAUGGCGGGCUCCUUCCUCCUUUGCACCCGUCUUGCUGCUGCAGUCCCCUGCCGGGAGAUCUUCGAAGAGGCCUACAGGCAGUACACAGGCCGGGAACAAGCCGCCAGUUUGGCAGAGGCUGUGAAGCACACAGGAGCGGGGGGAGACCCCUUCUAGACUGGGGUGCAGGAUCUCCAGUUGUUCACAAGACCUUGCUGCCUUGGCACUCAGGGCCACCUGCACCAGAGUGGGCCACUGUUCACGCCUAAAUCCUUGAGGCCUGAGAGGUCACCUCACUGCAAGGGGUCAAGAGAAGAGGCUUGAUCCCUGUCCCCCUCCCUGGGCCAGAAACCUGCCUCUAGCACCUCUGCCUUCCUCCCCAAGGAAAUCCCCCUGCUUCAGGCUACAGGGGCCUAAGGCAAGGCCAGCCCUCAGCCACAUUUCCACGAGGAAGAGUACCGUGGCAGCUUGGAGAUCAGGAGCACCAGCAGCAUACUGGGAUAUGGGGGUAUUGGUCACAGGGGGAAAAGGGCACCCUGACUCCUGCUUUGCAGAGGGAGGUAAAGGGUCCAGUGAAGAGGGUCAGGCCCAGUGACUUGUCAAGUCUGUGCAUCACGCAGGCUUUGAUAACCUACUGCCCUCCAGGUGGGUUGGGAUAUUGCUCCCAUCAUCCCCAGCCAGCAGGGGCCACACUUCUAGAGGAGCUCUGCAGGAGACCAGAGCUGAGCUGGCUACCCCACCCAAGGGUGGAGGGGCAGAUGGCUCCCCACUUGCAACAGGCAAGGAGGUGGGGUG